CUGCUGCUUUAGCUCACUUUGGCCAAUUAAUGCUUUACCAUUAUCGCUGGCUGUUAGUUCAUCGUUUAAUUUUGCAGUGAAAUGUUCGAUCCAACGGAUCAUCAACACCGACGUUACAAUCCACUAAAUGGGCAGUGGGUGCUGGUGAGCCCACAUCGCAUGAAACGGCCCUGGUCUGGUCAGGAGGAAAACCCCCAGUCGGACGAUCUUCCGGAGUUUGAUCCAAGCAACCCGCUUUGUCCAGGGGUGACCCGUCCCAAUGGAAUCAAAAAUCCUAUCUACCGCUCGACGUUCGUGUUUACGAACGAUUUCCCGGCCCUGUUGGAGCAAGUGCCGGAGCCGCCGGCAAGUGAUGAUCCACUGUUCCAGAUAGCACCGGCCCAAGGUACCUGCCAAGUAAUGUGUUUUCAUCCGAAGUCGAACAAAACACUGCCCCUCAUGACGCCGAAGGAGAUCCGAAACGUAAUUGAUGCGUGGAUCGCGGAAUUUCGCACGCUAUCGGAGCGGUACUGUUGGGUGCAGAUCUUCGAAAACAAGGGCGCUGCGAUGGGAUGUUCGAAUCCACAUCCGCACUGUCAGAUAUGGGCCUGCUCGUUCUUACCGAACGAGCCGGAAAUUAAGGAUAAGAUGCUGCGGCAAUACUACGCCAAGCACGGGACGCCUUUGCUGGACGAUUACGUGAAGCGAGAAUUAGUGAAGCGGGAGCGCAUCGUAAUUGAAAAUGCGGACUGGCUCGUGGUGGUACCGUUCUGGGCAGUAUGGCCAUUCGAAACGAUGCUGAUAUCGCGCAAUUCAAACAAGCGUCUCUCCGAUCUAACAGUGUCGCAGAUCAACAGUCUGGCGAUCGUAAUCAAGGAGCUGACCAUCAAGUAUGACAAUCUGUUCAAGUGUUCGUUCCCGUACAGCAUGGGCUGGCAUGGAGCGCCCACAGCAGAACUGGCGAACGGACCAACGAGUGACCAGCACUGGACACUACAUGCGAUUUACUAUCCACCGCUGCUUCGAUCGGCCACGGUACGAAAGUUCAUGGUGGGCUUUGAGCUACUGUGUCAAUCACAGCGCGAUUUGACGGCUGAACAGGCUGCCGAUAGACUUCGUGGACUCUCUGGCAAACGACACUACAGUGAUCAGCUUUGAAUAAUAGUCGCCGAUAGGUAGACUAUCUAAUCUAACCACGGUCAUGUAUAUCGUAUUGGGAAAGAUAGG